AUGAAGCUGAAGGAAAUUGACCGUACUGCCAUGCAGGCAUGGAGCCCUGGCCAGCAGCACCCCAUUUACCUGGCCACUGGUACAUCAGCUCAGCAGCUGGAUGCAACCUUCAGUACAAGUGCUUCUCUGGAAAUAUUUGAGUUGGAUUUAUCGGACCCUUCGCUGGAUAUGAAAUCCUGCGCCACCUUCUCCUCUUCUCACAGGUACCACAAGCUAAUCUGGGGGCCACACAGCAUGACCUCAGGUGAGGGAGUCUCCGGAGUCCUGAUUGCCGGGGGUGAAAAUGGAAAUGUCAUUCUGUAUGACCCAGCCAAAAUCGUAGCUGGUGAUACUGAAGUAAUAAUUGCCCAGAAAGACAAGCACACGGGACCAGUAAGAGCACUUGAUGUCAACAUGUUCCAGACUAAUCUGGUGGCCUCUGGUGCUAAUGAGUCUGAAAUCUAUAUCUGGGACUUGAACAAUUUUGCCACACCAAUGACACCAGGAGUGAAGACGCAGCCUCUUGAGGACAUCAGCUGCAUCGCAUGGAACAGGCAAGUCCAGCACAUCCUGGCAUCUGCCAGCCCCAGUGGCCGAGCUACUGUGUGGGAUCUCAGGAAGAAUGAACCCAUCAUCAAAGUCAGUGACCACAAUAACCGGAUGCACUGCUCGGGCCUGGCAUGGCAUCCUGAUGUCGCUACCCAGAUGGUUUUGGCAUCAGAGGAUGACAGAUUGCCUGUGAUUCAGAUGUGGGACCUAAGAUUUGCCUCCUCACCACUGCGUGUUCUGGAAAGCCAUACAAGGGGUGUAUUGGCCAUUGCUUGGAGUAUGGCGGAUUCAGAGCUGCUACUUAGCUGUGGGAAGGAUGCUAAAAUUCUCUGCUCCAACCCUAACACAGGCGAGGUAUU